AUGGAUGGACAUCACAGCCGGUCGGAGUUUACAUGCAAGUCAUGCCAGCGUCCGAACUCAUCCGACGCCCACAUGAUCGUUUGCGAUCGAUGCCGACUGUGGGAGCACUUUGACUGCGCUGGUGUGAUUGGAUCGACACAGAGUCGGCCGUAUAUCUGCAAGCAGUGCCACGGCAAAAAUGCAGCAAACUCGAAUAUUUCAUCACGGUUGCGUUCGCAAUCGAGACAAGUACCGUCGGGUAAUGCAUCGGGCAGCAAACCUCCCUCGCACAUAGGGAGCAAGGUUUCGUCGAUGGCAUCGAGCAAUCGCUCGUCGAUCAUGAAGGCGCAAUUGGAACUAAUCGAAGAAGAGGCGAAGAUGAAACAGAAAGAGCUAGAGGAAGAAGAAGAAUUGAAGAAGCUGGAACAUGAAGAAGCCCAGAGACAGUUGGAAGAAAAGAGGAAGCAGAUGGAAGAGCAGAACAAGUUGGCUGAAGAAGAAUCACUUUUGCGGCAGCGUAAAUUGGAAGCUGACAAGGCGCGCCUGCUGAAACAGCAGCUAAUACGCAGAGAAUCGCUGGAGAAGAAAAACGAAGUGAUCCUGCAAAUUUCCGAACGUGGUAGCGUGGUCGAAUCUACAACAAGUUCCCGAGAGAAGGUUGCGAAUUGGUUAGCUGUGAACUUACCACACGGGACGCCCGAAAGAAAUACGCUUGGAAAACUUAACAAUCCCCAAGCCGAUUUAGUUUCUUCGGCCCUAAAUGAAGCUUCGCCCAUCGAUGUACCAGGAGGAACGGAGAUCCCUUCCACAGCACAACCUCUACGUCAAGUAUCCGUAGAAGCUCGUCACCCACCUCCGCCGUCUCCUUCCGGUUUGCCGAUCGUUUGCUCCGCUGCCAAUCUGAAUUUGCCUCAAGCAAGUUACCGUGCCAGAUGUCAGGAAAUUCGUUCUUCCACAGUCCGUGAGCCUUUCCAGCAGUUUGUGACCGCUUCAAGACCUCUACUAGCGAUUCCCCCAGUAGUUCACCCAGAUGCUCCGGUGUUUAAUCAUUCUUGCACUUCUAAUGAUGUCGGAUAUGAUCGGCAUCAACCGAUACGUCAUCGGCAUGCACCAGCAUGGACUACUUCGGUGCAGUACGAUGCUGUUCCAAAUCCUUCUGCAGCACACCAAUCACCACAGCCCCGUCCGGCCCGUCACGACAUGUUCACGGAGCCGGUCCAGCAUUUCCCGGAAUCAGCGGCAAAUCAUUCUCCAGCACCCCGACCGAUGAAUCUUCUAGAGCAUAUCGAGCAACCAGGGGCCCUCAGCUCGCAGCAAAUAGCCGCGAGACAGGUCGUCGGUAAAGAUCUGCCACCCUUCGGUGGAAACCCAGCUGAUUGGCCGAUGUUCAUCAGCAGUUUCGAGCAGUCCACAGUAGCGUGCGGGUUUUCUAAUGCUGAAAAUCUUGUUCGGCUACAGAGGUGCCUCACCGGACACGCGCGAGAUGCAGUACGCAGCAGACUUUUGCUUCCUGCUAACGUACCGCAAGUGAUCAACACACUUCGCACAUUGUACGGCCGUCCGGAACUGCUCAUCCGGUCCCUACACGAGACGAUUCGACGAACUCCUGGGCCCAGACAUGAUCGUCCGGAAUCAAUUCUGGAGUUUGGUUUAGCGGUACAAAAUUUCGUUGACCACCUUCAAGCCGCGAACCAAGAGGAGCAUCUGGCCAACCCAAUGCUCAUGCAGGAGCUAGUCGAGAAGCUGCCAGGGCCCAUGAGGAUGGACUGGGCCACGUUCAAAAACCUACAACCACGAGCCACUGUCCUAACGUUCGGAGAAUUCAUGGGCAAGCUAGUCACCGCGGCAAGCGAAGUGAGUUUCGAACUUCCGGGCUUCCAAAAGGAGUUGAACAGCGAAAAGCAGCAGCGUCUCCGAGAAAAAGCAAGGAUUCAGGCUCACGCAAUCGAAAGUGCUCCGUCACUCACAUCUACAACAGAAAGCACACGCAAACCCCCAAAAACGUGUCGCAUCUGUGAACGUGAGGGCCACCGAGUUGCUGAAUGCUCGGAGUUCAAGCACCUAAACAUGGAGGAUCGAUGGAAGGAGGUACAUGACAAGGGCCUCUGCCGGACUUGCCUCAACAACCAUGGCAAAUGGCCGUGUAAGUCGUGGCAGGGGUGCGGAUUUGCAGGAUGUCGACUCAAACACCAUACCCUUCUACACUCUUCGUCUGCUCCCGUUACAUCCACUCAUUCUGUGAAUGUGUCAUCGGGGAGCCCCCUGGGAGGACACACGCUCUUUCGGGUUCUGCCUGUCGUACUCUAUGGAAACGGCAAAAGCCUUACUGUUUUUGCUUUCAUUGACGAGGGUUCACAAAUCACGAUGUUGGAAGAGAAAGUUGCCAAGGAACUUGACCUUUCUGGACCUAGGAAACCGCUUACUCUGCAGUGGACAGGAAACGUGAAGCGCAAUGAAUUGCGAUCUGAAGAAGUUAGCCUUAAAAUAUCGGGAAAGUACAGUGAUAAUCGCUACGAUCUCCACCAGGCGCGCACUGUAAGCCGUCUACUUCUGCCGGCACAGCGUUUCAACUACCAAGAGAUGGCUGCGCGUUUCCCUCAUCUCAAAGGACUUCCCAUAGAGGAUCACGAUGUAGUCCAACCGAAGUUGCUGAUAGGCCUAGAUAAUCUGCGUCUCGGCGUUCCUCUCAAGCUGCGUGAAGGAGGACCGUUCGACCCAAUAGCCGCCAAGUGUCGACUAGGUUGGGGAGUCUACGGUCGUGCAUCAACGGAACCAAUUGCUAGGGCGUCUGUAAACUUCCACACUUCAGCAGCCUCAAGUUCGGACGAUCUUCUGAACGAGCAGCUGCGUGACUUUUUUACAUUGGAGAACAGCGGAGUCGUCAGUGCAAACGAGAAGCUUGAGUCUGACGAGGAGAAACGAGCGAGGAAACUACUGGAGAACACAACAAAACGUACAGCUCACGGGUUUGAAACUGGGCUUCUGUGGAAAAUCGACGAUCCGAGUUUUCCAGAGACAUAUCCGAUGGCUAUCCGACGAAUGAAGGCUCUGGAGAAGAAAUUUUGUUGUGAUCCUUCGAUGAUGCAGCGGAUUUACGAGCAACUGUGUGACUUCGAACAAAAGGGUUACGUGCGCAAAGUCAGCGAAUCGGAGGUAGCCACUAUCGACCAUAGGAAGACUUGGUUCCUUCCCUUAGGAGUGGUCAUCAACCCGAAGAAACCUGAAAAAAUGCGUCUGAUAUGGGAUGCUGCAGCCAAAGUCGCUGGGGUCUCGUUCAAUUCGUACCUGUUAAAAGGUCCCGAUCUUCUCACACCUCUACCCAGAGUACUCAGCGGCUUCCGACUCUUUCCGAUAGCGGUUUCGGGGGAUAUCAGAGAGAUGUUUCUCCAAAUUAAGUUGCAAGCGAGUGACCGGAGUGCUCAGAUGUUUGUAUUCCGGCGAAAUCCCGAUGAAGCCGUUCAGGUCUACGCCAUAGACGUCACCAUGUUCGGCUCUACCUGCUCUCCAUCUUCUGCCCAGUUCGUGAAGAACGCUAACGCCGAGCAGUAUGCGCAACACUUCCCUCGAGCAGCUGCGGCUAUCCAAGAGCACCACUACGUAGACGACUACUUGGACAGCUUUCGGACAAUCGACGAAGCCGUACGAGUAGUAAACGAUGUCAAGUUCGUCCAUUCCAAGGGCGGGUUUGAAAUUCGUAACUUCUUGUCGAACGAAGACGAAGUUUUAAGACGAACUGGGGAGAUCGAACCAGAUUCUUCCAAAGACUUCGCUCUGGUACGUUCCGAGACGACCGAAUCAGUGCUCGGGAUGAAAUGGAUUCCAGCGGACGACAUCUUCACGUACACCUUUUCAAUCCGUGACGACUUGAAGCCCAUCCUCGAUGCGAACCACAUCCCAACGAAACGUGAAGUUUUGAAGGUGGUUAUGAGCCUUUUCGACCCACUGGGAUUCGUUUCAUUCUUCCUGGUUCAUGGAAAAGUGUUAAUGCAAGAUGUCUGGGCCUCAGGGAUUGAUUGGGAUGAAGAAAUCAACGAGCGACUUUUCCUUAAUUGGCGCCAAUGGGUAAGUUACUUCCCGCAAUUGGACUCGUUGCGUAUCCCUCGCUGUUAUUUCGGCUCUCCGUUUCCUAAAAAGUUCGACCGGCUGGAGCUCCAUGUUCUCGUUGAUGCUAGCGAUUCUGCUUACGCCUGCGUUGCGUAUUACCGACUCGAAACCGACGAUGGCAUUCAAGUUGCGCUGAUUUCCUCAAAAACCAAGGUAGCACCCCUCAAGGUUUUAUCAGUUCCCCGUCUGGAGUUGAAAGCGGCUGUCCUUGGAGUCCGGCUGAUGGAAGCUAUCGAAGGAUACCAUACUUAUUCGAUUAGCCGUCGAGUUCUAUGGAGCGACUCUACUACAGUCUUGGCUUGGAUCCGAUCAGAGCACCGUCGAUAUAACAAGUUCGUUGCCGUUCGUAUUGGUGAGAUUCUCACAGCUACCGACGUCCGGGAGUGGAGAUGGGUCCCCUCUGCAUUGAAUACAGCCGACCUAGCCACUAAGUGGAAAAAUGGACCGGACGUUUCUUCCACUAAUCCUUGGUUCAGUGGACCAUCGUUUUUUCACCAGUCGGAAGUUUUCUGGCCUCAUCAAACGGUGGCCUCCACGACGUGUGAAGAACUACGACCAGUUCACACUCAUUCUACGCCAUCUCUGCUGAUCGAUUCAUCUCGUUUUAGUAGAUGGUCUCGUCUACAGCGAACAAUGGCGUUUGUGCUUCGGUUUGUCGACAACAUCCGCCGUAAACAAAGUGGUGCAUCGCUGCAACUGAACUUCCUCAGUCAGGACGAGCUGGCACGAGCUGAGACAAUCCUGUGGAAGGUCGCACAGGCCGAAGCGUUCCCGGAAGAAAUCGCAAUACUGUCGGAAACUCAAGGUUUACCCGAAGCACGUCACCAUCGCGUCGCUAAAAGUAGCCCGAUCUACAAAAGUUGGCCAUUCCUUGACGAGCAUGGAGUACUGCGACUACGCGGCAGGAUCGGUGCCGCAACCUUCGCAUCGACAGAAGCAAAAUACCCGGCGAUCCUACCAAGGCAACAUCGGAUUACGUUUCUGCUUGUAGAUUGGUACCACCGUCGUUUCCGCCAUGCCAAUCGAGAGACCGUUACAAACGAGAUUCGUCAACGCUUCGAAAUUUCGAAACUACGUGCCCUGGUGGAGAAAGUAAGAAAAGGUUGCAUGAUGUGCCGAAUCAGAAAUGCUCUGCCAUGUCCUCCUGCAAUGGCACCACUCCCUGCGGCCCGACUACAACCUUUCGUUCGGCCAUUCACAUAUGUCGGGGUGGAUUAUUUCGGGCCAGUAUUGGUCAAGGUUGGAAGGAGCCAGGUGAAAAGAUGGGUAGCUUUGUUCACCUGCCUUACCAUUCGCGCGGUUCACUUGGAAGUGGUGCACAGUUUAUCCACCGAGUCUUGCAUCAUGGCGGUGCGACGGAGCGAGCAAGGAGUUGGAGAGAACGGAAAUUGA